AUGAAGCUGCAGCAGCAGCUAGCACAGCUGAAAUAGACGAAGCGACCAGGCCAGAAACUGAAGACGCAAAGGUGGCUAAGACCGAAACAAGCGACGAUGCUAAAACAUCUGAUACCGACAAAGUAGUAAGACCUCAAACGGAUGGAGAGAAGGGGUCAGAAACGCACAGCUGCAAAGCCUCCCACGUUCUUAUGUCUGAAGAUUCCCCUGAACGAACCCAAGGAACCGGAACUGGCAAAGCAACCGGAGGAACAGGUCUCUGCUGCCAUCUCGGCCUGCCAGCAGGGCAGCGUGGCGGAGGGGUCAGCGGUCGGGGCAUCUGUCCAGUCAGUCAGUGACCAGGUCCGACCCAGCUCCACCGACGACAGCAUGGAGGAAUCCUCUUUUGUCUCCGCCGCUGGUGGAGAGGAGGAAGAAAAGGAGGAAGAGGAGGUGAAAACAGAGGAGGUUGUUGUUGAGGAGGAGAAGAUGGAAGAGGUUAAAGCAGAGGAGAUCAAGACAGAGGUUAAAACUGAAAAGGAGAAGGAAGAGAAGAGUGUUGCCAAGGUCACAAAGUCAGCAGUGGAAAGUCAAGCCACACCACCUGCUUCUGUACCUGAGGAGAGUCGGACACAACCCCCUAAAAUGGAGGAGAUUGACCUUGACCCGUCUGCACCAGGCACCGACCCCACCAGCACAGAGCCAGCACGGCAGCCUUUAGAGUCCACAAUAUCGCCCCCUACAGCCUUGGAGGCCAUACUACCACCAGCAGCAGUCGGGGCCACAGUUUCUAAAUCUGACACCUCACAGGCUGUAGCACCAGCAGAGGCCCCCAGCACCAAGGCGGUCCAGCCAGAAGCCCCACAGGCCUCAGGGGCCACAGAGGCCCCCAGCAGCAGGACUGAAACCUCUCCGAAAGUAGCCACUGCUACUGCUGUGGAGGCAGGGAAAGACAGUGCUGCAGAGGGCCCUGGCUCUGCCACCAAGACCAAAGAGAUCCACAUUGCCAGGCUGGAUGUGUCCAGUGUGGCCUCAGACACAGAGAGACUGGCGCUAAAGGAGACCUCCACACCUGAAGUUCCUCAGGGCGACGCGGCUGCAGCCGGUGCCUCAGGAGGCCAGGCCAGCGAGAGCAGCUCCUCCGCUCGCUCCACCAUGUUCCGUAUUCCAGAGUUCCGUUGGUCUCACAUGCACCAGCGCCUGCUCACAGACCUGCUCUUCUCCAUCGAGACUGACGUGCAGAUGUGGAGGAGUCACUCCACUAAGACGGUGAUGGACUUUGUGAACAGCAGUGAGAAUGUGGUGUUUGUCCACAACACAGUGCACCUCAUCUCUCAGGUGGUGGACAACCUCAUCAUGUCCUGUGGAGGCAUCCUGCCCCUGCUUUCUGCUGCCACAUCCUCCUCACAUGAUCUGGAGAACAUUGAGCCGUCCCAGGGUCUGUCGGUGGAGGCCUCUGUCACCUUCCUGCAGCGCCUCAUCAACCUGGUGGAUGUUCUGAUCUUCGCCUCCUCCCUCAACUUCACUGAGAUCGAGGCUGAGAAGAACAUGUCCUCUGGCGGUAUCCUCAGACAGAGCCUCCGUCUGGUGUGUGCCAUGGCUGUGAGGAACUGUCUGGAAUGUCAGCAGCAGUCUCACUUCAAGCCCAGCCAGGACAGCGCCCGGCCUGGCAAGCAGUGCACAGCCUCAUGGGAGCUUCCAAGUCCAUGCCCGCGCAGAGCCCUGUUGAUGUUGUGACAGGAGGGAUGUCUCCCAUCAGAGACAUGGACCGUCUGCUACAGGAAAUGGACAUCAACCGCCUCAGAGCCGUGGUCUUCAGA